ACUUGAUACAAGCUCUUGAGUCCUGAGGAGACCUACCCAUCUGAUUCUUUCCAGGCCAACCAACCUUCAUUUCUGUUCUGCCACGUCAGAUCUCUCCCAACUUGCCAUGUUAGUAUACCGUCUUGCCUUCCCGAGGUACCAAAUAUAAAUAAUCCCCAUAGGCUCCUUCAACAAUGCCCCUCCUGUGUGUGAUCAAAGUCCAACCCCUUUGUUUCUCUUAGUAGACCCAGUAGAGAAACAGCCCAGUAUUGUAGACCGAUAUUUCUGCCAGUAGGUAACACUCCCUCCUGAUAUUUUGGAGUCUCAGUACAAGCAGGGUGAAUUUGUACCGACAUACUGUAAAACAGCAUUAGUCCAAAUUAGCAGUGAUGCCGAUGGCGGCCGGGAUAGCAUCGCCGAAGGAUCCAGCUGCUCGUCCUCCAGUGAGUCCCACAGUGGUUCCCGUACAAACGCCGCCUAUGAUGGUGACUGACGCUUUCGCUAAGGAUGCAAUUCUUGCCUGGUUUCGCGGGGAAUUCGCAGCUGCCAACGCGAUAAUCGAUGCGCUUUGCAGUCACUUGGCGCAGCUCAGCGGAGGACCAGGAUCCGAUUACGAGUCUUUAUUUGCGGCCAUACAUCGGAGGAGGCUGAACUGGAUCCCGGUGCUCCAGAUGCAGAAAUAUCACACGAUUGCUGGCGUUGCAGCGGAGCUGAAGCGAGUGGUGGAGAAGAAAUUUCAUGAAAAUGAUGGUCAAAGUGAAAAGAAGAGUGAGGUGGUAUUGAAGGAUGUAUGUUUGGUUGAGGAGGAGAAAAUUGACGAGCAAUUGACUGAAAGUAUGGGAACUGUUGUUGAUGAUGUUGGCUAUGGAGGCGAGGUUGUCGAAGAGGAAGAGGAUUCGCCUGAUAGUGAUAUUACUGAUUCAGGAUCUCAAGAAGUGCUGCCCACUAGAGAGAACAUUGACAUUUGUUCCAACCAUGAAGAUUGCAAUUUACGUCCGGAUCAAAUCAAGUUGACAAAAGGUUUCACUGCAAAGGAACAAGUGAAAGGGCACAUGGUGAAUGUUGUGAAAGGUUUAAAGUUAUAUGAGGACGUUUUCACUGAUUCUGAGCUGUCUAAGUUAACCGACUUCGUUAAUGAACUCCGAGUUGCUGGUCAAAAUGGGGAGCUUGCAGGAGAGACUUUUAUUUUAUUCAACAAGCAGGUAAAGGGAAACAAGAGAGAGUUGAUUCAGCUUGGCGUUCCUAUCUUUGGACAUAUAAAGGAGGAAGCUACAAGUGACAACCAAACAAGUAAUAUAGAACCAAUUCCAGCACUUCUCCAAGACGUCAUCAAUCAUCUGGUUCAGUGGCAACUAAUACCAGAAUAUAAAAAACCAAAUGCUUGUAUCAUCCAUUUCUUUGAUGAGCAUGAACAUUCACAGCCUUUUCAAAAGCCACCGCAUUUGGACCAACCAAUCUCUACUCUUCUCCUAUCUGAAUCGACAAUGGCUUUUGGACGUACUCUUGUGAGUGACAACGAUGGGAAUUAUAGAGGUCCACUCAUGCUUUCAUUAAAAGAAGGGUCUCUUUUAGUAAUGAGGGGAAACAGUGCUGAUAUGGCAAGGCAUGUCAUGUGCCCAUCUCCAAACAUAAGGGUCAGCAUCACAUUCUUCAAAGUUCGCCCGGAUGCCAAUCAAGGCCAGUCGCCACCAACUAGUCCCAUGGCCGGUGCAAUGACCCUAUGGCAACCCAACAUACCAAGUCCCUAUGCGAUGCCUAAUGGAGCUCUGGGAGGGUACGAAGCAAUGGAUGCAAUGACCAAGUGGGGAGUCCUUCGUACCCCGGUGGUCAUGCUAGCUCCUGUGCGCCCUAUGGUGUUGAAUCCAAAAAGGAUCCCUAGUGGUGGAACUGGGGUUUUCUUGCCCUGGAAUGUAGGAUCAAGAAAGCCUGCAAAGCAUCUUCCACCCCGUGCCCAAAAAGGGCGGCUACUCACAUUUCCUUCCAUUGAAACGCACAUAACAGAUUCUGCUUCUGAAACAGGCGUCAUUGUUGAGGCAAAAUUGGCAGGAUAGCCUGAGGCAGCCCUGGGGCCUACGCAGAGAAAGUCAACUAUUGGUACGAAUUGUACAAUUCUUGCUAGCUUGCCAUUAGACAAUUGGGGCCUGAAGUGCUGUCAACCAAGUUUGUCAUAUCAAUUCCACACUCUCCCCUCAGUAGAUCAAGUUCUAGUGUUGGUCAGUACGCAAAUCUCUGAUGCCAAUGAUGUAGGCCUCUAGGAAUAGUUGGGCUAUAUGUCUGCAGAGUGUGAAUUAGCUCUUCCAGAGGGCAGAAUUUUGUAUUAAAAAGUUUUUCAUAUUUAAUAUUUUUCAUUGACA